UGACAAAAGAGGAAGUGGGGUGGUGGAUUUAAAGAGACAGUGCAAACAACCCUUUGCACACUGUUUGCCGCUUUAGCUAACUAGCAAACAAAUACUGCAUUUUAAUAAAUACUGCAAUAUGCAAUUGAUUACAUGUGCUGGUGGCCAUUAAUUGUAAUUUUCGGUUGAAAGAGAGGAUUGUGAAGAGAACAGAGGGACUGAGCUGCCCUCGAACCUCAUUGGAAGACGUGCUGCCACGUGAACCCCUCCUUCGGUUUAGCUUCUAUAGAAUUUAAAAACACUUAAAUUGAACUCAAACUACUUCCAGUAUAAUUUAGAGUUUGAGUUCCCACGCGUAUUCUGACCUAUCAAGAUACAGGAAGCGUCAACGGUUUGCGCUUCACAGAUUCGGAUUGGUGUGAAGCCAGGAUGGACCAGAGUCGGUUUGACAUCGACUCUCCCCGCUGGGACCAGAGCACCUUCAUGGGCCGUUUGAAACACUUUUUCAACAUCACAGACUUCCGCACGGCCCUGCUACCCGACUCCACUCUGGAUCAGGCUCGAGAGCUGGUGGACAGCUGCAGAGCGGGCAGCGUUCCUCCAGGCACCACCGAGGAGCAGCUGCUCUACGCCAAGAAGCUCUAUGACUCCGCCUUUCACCCUGACACGGGCGACCGCAUGAAUCUGAUUGGCCGAAUGUCCUUCCAGGUUCCGGGGGGAAUGGCAAUCACAGGCUUCAUGCUGCAGUUUUACAGAUCAGUUCCGGCUGUAGUGUUCUGGCAGUGGGUGAACCAGUCUUUCAAUGCCCUGGUCAACUACACCAACCGCAAUGCCGCCUCACCCAUCUCCAAAAAGCAGAUUGGAGUGGCGUACAUCACUGCCACUAGCACUGCUCUGGCCACAGCUGUGGGUCUGAACCUCUACACCAAGAGAGCCCCUCCCUUAGUCGCCCGCUGGGUGCCAUUUGCAGCUGUGGCAGCAGCUAACUGUGUCAACAUCCCCAUGAUGAGACAACAAGAGAUUCUCAAUGGCAUUGCAGUCACAGAUGAGAACGGCAACAAGCUCGGCCACUCUCGAAAAGCCGCCAUUAAGGGCAUCACUCAGGUGGUGAUCUCUCGCGUUACCAUGGCAGCCCCGGGCAUGAUCAUUCUGCCAAUUGUCAUGCAGAGAUUGGAGAAAUACAAGUUCAUGCAAAAAAUCACAUUUUUCCAUGGGCCCCUGCAAGUGAUGAUGGUGGGAGUGUUCCUCGUCUUCAUGGUACCAGCAGCCUGCUCCCUUUUUCCUCAGAGUUGUUCCAUUGCUGUGUCCAAGCUGGAGCCAGAGCUGAGGGAGUCCAUUGUGGCUCAGUAUAGAGAUGGCAUACAUCAUGUCUACUUCAACAAGGGGCUCUGAGUAAGAAUGGUGGACAGAGCUGAUCAUCAGUCUGCCUGUAGUGGCUACCCUGCUAACAACCACCGUUGAAAACAUAUUUUGAACUCCUCCAAACCCAGGCUUUGUAAUUGUAUUGAUAGAACUUUCUCCUUUUUAUGUUUUUAAGCUAUCAACUCAUUAAUCAUGAAUGUGACAUUCAAUCAUGAGAUUUCUUUGGUGUAUGGUGUGAAGAGGUCAUUUGAUACUGAAAGAAUAGUGACAGAACCGCAUUCAUUGCUUACAAGUUUACCUGGCAAGCCUUGUUUAUCAUUCAGUCCAGACUAUGGCUGGGAGAAAACCCAACUGUAGUUCAAGGCAGAUGUGUCUUUCCAUAAUGUUCAGGAUAAGAACAUGUCAUCCAAAUACAAACUUUUCCGAGCAGCUGCCCCCUAGUGGUCAUGACUACCAGCAGCAGGCUUAUUGUUACACCAGGUCAUACCAAGUCCCCCCCGCCCCCCUCCAUGGAUUGUCCUCAUUGUUUCACGUCACCCAGGAGGGGAGAGCAGAGGAAUAUGUAUGGUUCCCUGGGGGUGAAUUUGCACUGUUACAAGUGCAUAUACAGGCAUAAUACAAAAUAUACAAAGUUAUGGGACUUCAGCAUACAUUAAUACACAUGGAAAGUUGUCAACUUGUCUCUGUGGGAAAGCAUUGGGUAUGUUAGUGAUCAGAAGGCAUUCUCACAUUAAGAUGCAAUAGAAAAAGACUGAACUGCAGGGAGUCAGUGAAGCCAUCAGUGCGCUUGUGGACUCCCUAGACAGCAAUGCAAAUACUACAGUGCAAAUGGACAUUCUGUUCCUAAGAAACCGAAUAAACAAGUUUAUA